GGAGGCCGGGGCGGCGAAGGCGUCGUUGCACCGGGGAGGGUCUGUUUGCGAGCGGCAGCAGCGGGACCCGUGAGCGCCUGACGGAUCUCCCCCUCGUCCUCCUUCCCAGUGGAACCUUAGGGACGCCUGCCCGCCCGGACGGACGGGCGGACGGACGGCGCCGCGCCGCUCUUCGCAGCCUCAGCAUCCUCCCUCGCUCGCUCGCUCGCGGCAUCCCUGCAUCUUCUCGCCCGUUGCUCCCGGAGGCUCGUCGGAUGCCGCUCCUCUUGCAUCCGAAGGGAGUGGCAGGCGCCGGCGCGCCUUCCACGGAUCAGAGCUGUUGCCGCCGUCCGUUCUGUUAGGGAGCCGGGCGCUUCGGGCCAUGGCCUAAGCCAGGCCGAGACAGAGAGGCCAGCUUCGGACCGUUUUCCACCCAAACUGCCUGGGUGGAAGGAAGGAGGCAUCCAGAUGGAUCUGCAAUUGGUUGAUUCCUGCAACUGAUUUCAUGUAGCGGAUGCACGCUGGAGAGCACAGACAUCAGGAGAGAAGCAUCAAGUGCCUGGAGGGCAUUUCUUUUGAGGUUCUGGAGAUGUUGGGUGAUGACACCCCAGUGCAUUUGAACCUCCACAUUAGGUCUCUAAAGGUCGAUGAAGGGGCGUGUCACUUAGACGCUUGAACCUGCAGCACUAGGCAAUCAGUCGCAGGACCAAAGGAAUCUCGUACCUUGAGGCGCAAACCUGGGCAAAGAUGCUGAAGCCAAGUGGACUUAAAAUUCCCGGGAGGACCGGGAAGCACGCCAGCCCGGUGGGACGUCCUGGUGGGACAGCUGCAACUACAUCCACAACCAUCAAUGCCACAAAGGAAGGAUCACCUCUCCACAAACAGGGUUCCACAUCUUCCACAGGUGCCUCUGAGAAGCUGCCAGGGUCAAAAAUUGCUGAAGUGGGUGAUGAUUUCCUGGGGGACUUUGUGAUGGGUGAACGUGUUUGGGUGAAUGGAGUGAAGCCAGGUAUAAUCCAGUAUUUGGGAGAGACCCAAUUUGCCCCUGGACAAUGGGCAGGAGUUGUUCUAGAUGACCCAGUUGGGAAGAAUGAUGGUUCUGUAGGCGGAGUGCGUUAUUUUGAAUGCCAGCCACUCCAGGGGAUCUUCACGAGGCCUUCCAAGUUGACCCGCCAACCCACGACGGAGGGUUCAGGAAGUGAUGCCCAUUCUGUGGAGUCUCUGACAGCCCAGAACUUGUCCUUGCACUCUGGGACUUCCACCCCACCUCUCUCCACUCGUGUGAUUCCUCUGCGGGAGAGCGUCCUCAACAACACCAUGAAGACUGGAAAUGAAUCUGGAUCCAACCUCUCAGACAGUGGAUCGGUGAAAAAGGGGGAUAAAGACUUCAGACUUGGGGAUCGUGUCCUUGUUGGUGGAACAAAAACCGGUGUGGUGCGCUAUGUAGGGGAGACGGAUUUCGCCAAAGGGGAAUGGUGUGGCGUGGAGUUAGAUGAACCUUUGGGAAAGAAUGAUGGAGCUGUUGCUGGAACAAGAUAUUUUCAGUGCCCGCCAAAAUUUGGCCUCUUUGCUCCUAUCCAUAAGGUCAUCCGGAUUGGUUUCCCAUCCACCAGCCCAGCCAAAGCGAAGAAAAGUAAGAGGAUGGCCAUGGGGGUCUCAGCCCUGACCCACAGUCCCAGCAGCUCAUCCAUCAGCUCUGUCAGUUCCGUGGCCUCCUCUGUUGGGGGAAGGCCUAGCCGGAGUGGACUGCUGACCGAGACCUCUUCUCGCUAUGCCCGGAAGAUCUCUGGCACGACGGCACUUCAGGAAGCAUUGAAGGAGAAGCAGCAGCACAUCGAACAGCUCCUGGCUGAGCGUGACCUGGAGCGCGCUGAAGUUGCCAAGGCAACCAGCCGCAUAUGUGAGGUGGAGAAGGAGAUUGCCAUCUUGAAAGCCCAACACGAGCAGUAUGUUACUGAAGCAGAGGGAAAUUUGCAGAGAGCAGGGGCCAUGCUGGAUGGAGCACAGAAGGAGAAAGUAGAGUUACUCAACCAGUUAGAAGAGGAGAAAAGGAAAGUAGAGGAUUUGCAGUUCCGAGUUGAGGAAGAAUCCAUUACAAAGGGAGAUUUGGAGACUCAGACGCAGCUGGAGCAUGCCCGAAUACGGGAGCUCGAGCAGAGCCUCCUGUUUGAGAAGACGCAGGCAGCAAAACUUCUCAGAGAAUUGGAGGACAGCAGGUUAACUACAGUGGCAGAGAAGUCAAGAAUCCUUCAGCUUGAGGAAGAGUUGACCUUAAGGCAAAGUGAGGUUGAGGAGUUGCGGCAAUGUUUAAAGAAUUCUCAUCAGCCAGAGUCUCCAGACCGCAGCCUGGGCCUGCAGACCGAAGCUCUCCGCUUACGUGACCAGCUGUUCUCAGCCACCAAGGAGCACCAGAAAGAGAGUAUCCAACUGAAAGAAAAAUAUGAGAGGACUUUGAAGAAACAUCAGCAGGAGGUUGAGAAGUUGAAAGCCCUCAAUGAAAAAUACUCCCAAGAAAUUGUGGACCUCAAACAAAAAGUUCAGCAGGCCACCAAUGAGAACAUGGGCUUGAUGGACAACUGGAAGUCAAAGCUGGACACGUUAGCAUCAGACCAUCAGAAGUCAUUGGAGGACCUCAAGGCUACUUUGAACACAGGCUCUGACAGCCAGCAUAAGGAAAUAGUGGAGCUGAAAGCUGUAGUAGAAAGCAUCAAAUUGGAGCACCAAUUAGAGCUGGAGAACCUAAAAGCCAAGCAUGACAUUGAGAUGGCAGUUCAUAUUAAAGAGAAGGAAAGUCUUAAGCUGAAGGUACAGGAAGUCAAGGAAGAAAUGGAAGAAAGCAACAACAAUUGGAAGAUCCAGUUGGAAACCAAAACAAACCAGCAGCUUAUGGAACUUCAGGACUUGAAGGAUAAAUGUCGAGAUGCAGACCUCAGAGUCCAUGAGCUGGAGAAGCUACACAGUGAUUACAAGGACCAGGCACAAGCCAUAGCUUUCUUGAAAGAACAGAUUUCCUUGGCUGAGAAAAAGAUGCUGGACUAUGAGACACUGCAGAAAACUGAGGCUCAGAGUAAACAAGAGAUUCAGCGGUUGCAGGAGAAAGUUCUUGUGUUAGAAAACAAAUUGCACUCCACAGAGCCACUCCACCCUUCCCAACCCACCAAUAUGAUUGAAACAAAUGACAUUUCAGAAGAAAAGAUCAAGAUGAAACAAACAAUGGAAGAUCUCCAGGACAAAUUGAGUAAAAAAGACAAAGAGGUAUCGUCACUUGUCUCCCAGACAGAUACUCUAAGGGCCCAAGUAAGUGCACUGGAAAAUAGAUGCAAGAGCGCUGACAAGAAGGUGGAUUCUUUGUUGAAAGAAAAGAAAAGGCUGGAAGCAGAUCUAGAAACAGUGUCAAGAAAAACACAUGAUGCUUCUGGUCAGCUGGUUCUGAUCAGCCAGGAGCUAUUAAAAAAAGAAAGAAGCCUGAAUGAGCUGCGUGCAUUACUAAUGGAGGCCAACCGGCACUCGCCAGGCCCCGAGAGAGACUUAAGCCGUGAGGUGCACAAAGCUGAGUGGAGGCUGAAGGAGCAGAAGCUCAAAGAUGACAUCAAAGGACUGCGAGAAAAACUCAUCAUCCUGGACAAAGAAAAAGCAGUAACGGAUCAGCGGCGGUAUUCCCUCAUUGAUCCUUCCUCGGAGACAGAGGUUCUCCGAUUGCAGCACCGGCUGGUCAGCACUGAGGACGUCCUGAGAAAUGCUUUGGAGCAGGGCCAGCAGAUGGAGAAGCUCAUGGAAGCCAUGCGGAGCUAUUCUGAAAAAGCACAGACUAUUGGAAACUCUGGAUCUGCUAAUGGGGUCCAUCAGCAGGAAAAAUCUCACAAACAGGAGGAGAAACACUGAUGGAAGAGAAGCAAGGAGAAGUGGAAAAGAAUAUGAAAUCAUUGCAUCUGUUGUUGAAAAGUGGGAGUCUUGGAGAUGCCUCUCCCAAGCACCACCAAAAGUAUUUCCACUCUAUGAACAAAGUGGAUGUAAAGAAGGAGGGUUCCUCCCUGGUGAUUUGUUUAAUUCUAAGAUGGGUCCAGUUCCCCCAAAGAAGCGGUACAGCAGUUGUGCCUGUGGCUGAAUUUCUCCUUUGCUACCGGCAGCCUUUGGCGAUCAUUUUUCUUGGCAUGGUGUAUCAUGUCAGGUUUCGGGGAGGUACUUCCUGCUGCGCCUGUGAGAUACCUCAUUUCAGUGGCUUUUGAAAGACAUUGGAGAUUUUUCUAAGUGACCCCCCUGAAUACUUGCUUAAGUAGCUAAUAAUUUGCACAUAGCAUUCAGAUUUCUCCUCCAGAUCCACUGGAUGGACCCAUUACAGGUCUGCAAAAGAGCUAAGAUCAAGCACUAUUGACCAUAGGGAACAACCCGAUGUCUAUUUGAAAAGAAUCUCUGUCCUCUACAUAAAAAACUCUUGAGGUCAGAAAUGUGGAGACUUUGCUUAAACCUAAUGAUAUAACAUGGGGUACGCAUUUUGAGGUGGACCUUCUCUAACUUAUUUUAACUUCAGUAAUUAUCAAGUCAUUGGUGAUUUAGAGUUAUUGAACCAAUGGUGGACUUCUGCUGGUGCCCGUACAGUUACAUCUCUCAUCUGUUCAGAGAUGCAUCUUCUUUAAGCCACUGAUGGCUAGGCCUUGAAACAAAAAUCGAGAUUGAUCUAGAGGUCUAAUCAGCAAAGCUCUGGAGGCAGUUGGGAUCUUCUGAGUUUGGGGGGCUGGGUUUUCUCUCUCUCCCCCCCCCUUUUUCUCUCUCUUUGACCAUUGACAAUUUUACUCUUGAAAUUCUGAAACACUUUCCCAGUAGCCUAAGGCUUCUUUUAUUUAAUAACUUAGGCCCAGUUUAUACAUGCAGCAGAACUGGAAGGUAAACCUUUUUCACCCAAAUAAAAUGUAAAUAUAGGCAAUCUGAUGUCUUUCAGGUGUUUUGGAUUUCAGCUUCCAUCAGUCCCAAUCAAUAUGACUGAGAACUGCAAAAGACUGAGAACUGUAAAUCCAAAAUAUGUGGAAAAUAGAUUGCCUGCAUCUGUGGUUCUGUUUUGCACAGAUUGGUCUAUCUGUUCUACCACUAGAAAUAAAAAUCUCCUUGUGAGAAAAAAAGUAACUUGUUUGGGGUGGAGGCUAGAAGAGUUCAACUUAACCUUUGAAGCACAAACUCUUUGCAGCCUGUGGCAGUAGUCUCCAGAUAGUAUGUUCUCCCUUGAUUUUUCUGCAUGUAUAAACUUGAGACAAAGAUGAAUCUCCAGAUGAGAAAAUGUCCAUGUGUUCUAAUAUGAAUGAUUGGAGCAAGAGUGUGUUCCUGUGGGUCUGUAUGGUUUUUCUCCUUUUUUCUGCUAGUGGUACGCAGAUUUGAGAGGGAGAAUGAAUGUGUCUGUGAGUGUUGUAUUACAAAAUGCCUUCUUUUGUAAACACGAUUUGUUAGAAGAAGCUGUCUAGAAAUUGGUGCUAAGUAGAGAGGUCCUAAGAAGUGGUCCAGAGGAAGAAGCCUCCAAGAUAGAUCUACUUUUACCCCAGUGUAAACAUUCACUCCCUCCAUUCUCCUAAUAUUACCUUGUGGCUUUCUCAAUCCCACCACCAUUACUGGAUUGAGGAUUUCAGAGGAGCAAAAAUCCUCAUUGUUGUCAAUUCUAGUAAUCAUUCAAAGCAAGAUCAUAUUACUGGAAUUCUCAUCAAACUCAGAGAUUCCAAAUGAGAGAGCAAAGUGAGUAAUAGUCCAGACUGCUGUCUGACUGGUGUAAAGAAAGAUGUAUCCUACAGGUUGAAGUGGUGCUAGUCUGUUGGUGUAGUUUCAAAUACGAUGUUACUGAGACAUCUAUUUUCUGAAUGAGGGUGCUGGAAUUCAGAAACAAAGAGUUUAUAAUGAUAAGCCUACAUUUCCUUUCUUUCUCUAAUUCUAACCACGUGUCCCCAGUUCUGUACUCUCAAGUGUAAAAUCCCAGGGCACAGAAGGUCCAAACAUCUGAACCUUGGAGCAACUGCGCUGCCUGCUCCAAUGAGAUAUGGAAUCUAGUUGGGCCCUUUCUUUAUUACUCAGCCCAGACUACCCCACUACUUCCUUAUGCCUCUUAGGCUAUGCUCCUUUCCUGGAGCGUGUUGAAUUUAGAGCCAGGAUCCUAUCUUGGAGCCUCACAUUCUGUGUCUUCUCCAUGAUAUCAUCUGUGGUAGAGGUCUGGUGAUGGAGAAUGUAGGGUUCCAACUGAGAAGCUAUCUCUAUGGGAUUCUGAUCAGGCUCCCUAAGGCCCAGAAUGUGGCCUUUGCUGCUUUUUCUUUUGAUUGUGGCCAACUGAUUCUCAUCUUGGUUCAUGAGAGCUGCUACUUAGGAGGAAGUGCCAUGCCAGGUUCAUGUAUUUUAUGGUCCUUCAAAAGGCCUUGGACUCUACUUUCAUGGUGAGAGAUUUGCCAGUAUGUACAGUAAACUUUCACAAACUGACAUCCUCUGGUUUUAUUGGGACCUCCAGGAAUAUCUAGCCAGCAUAGAAAUUUCUAGCCCUUGGCUACGCUAGCUGAGAAGCCUGGAAAUUGGAGUCCCAACGUGCAUGGGAAUCAUCAGGAUGAGGAAAGUUGAUUUACAGUAUUAGAGAGAAUAAGCUACCCAUUGUCUUCACUUACCAUUAUUUUUCUUCAGCUCUUUGCCAUUUCUCUGUAUUCCUGUGUUGAUUUGUAUAACCUGAAAUGUUGUCACUUCAUCUUUUUUUCCUGCAAAAAUGGGCAAUGCCGUACUUCAGCAAAUAAUGAUGGUGGCGUUUUCUGAUCUAGUUUUCCUUCUUCUGCACUCUGUAUUGAUGGACAGGAAUUGGAGCAAGCUGACAAGUAAGACCACAGAAAAAUAAGUUGAUAUUUUGGAGGAUCUCUGAGGAGAUGUUUCUAGUGUGUCAAUUCUCAACACAGUUCUUUUUUUGCUUUGAUAAAUUUCAGCCAUUUUUUGGCUGAACCAAAAAAGCUGCACUUCUACAAAUCUUUACCAUCCCCUUCUUUUCACUGAUACUGUUUUAUCAUGCUUUUAAGCAAACUUAUCUUUUGGGAAUUGAAUUCCAGAGAUGGCCAGUAAGAAGCCAAGAUUUUGGAAAUAUAAAUGAACUGCCUGUUAAUGCAAAUUUGCUCCUGCUUGGCUAAUUCUAUACAUGUGAACAGCUUAACCAUCCAGAAAUAGAAAAACUUACCUUGAUGUCUGAGUAUGGAAUCCUGGUUUAUUCUACAUUUAAACAAGAGAUUGGUUUUGGUUUAUGUACACUGGCUGCAUGAGGAGCAAUUAACUAAGAAUCCAUAUUCCAAUUACAAUGUUAGUUUGCUUGGGCUAGCAGGAGAAAAGAAGUGGGAGUUUGUACCUUAGCAUACCAACCAUUCACUAUUAGCCAGGAUUCAUCAGAAUUCCAGUUUACUUUUCUGUGCAAAUGCUGUCUGUUGAAAGAAGGUGCUCAAUUAACUUCUUUAUUUAUCAUGUUCUGGUAAAUUGCUGGGACUAUUUAUCUGAGCCCUUUCCAGCUGCCCAUUCACUUUAGUUUCUCUUCCUAGGGGCAGUGGCAAAAUUUGUCCACUAUGGUCAUUAAAAACUGAUAGUAGUUUAUCCCCCCACUGCAUAGGAUUACAAGCCAAAGUGAUUUUGCUAUAUUAUGAGCAAGAGGUCAGUCCAUGCCUCCCCUUUUCAUCAGGAGGCAAAAGGAAAGUAAAAUUCAACAACAAGAAAAUGUUAAUAAAAACAUGAACAUCCCUGUAGUUUAUUUUCCAGGCCCUUCUGACUCUGAGUAGCAGAAGGAUUAGUGGACACUUAAUGAAAGCCUGAACUUGUAGCAUUGGUGUGAUGGCUGAGAGCUACUGCCAAAAAUCCAGAAGGUUGACUUUUUUUUUCCCUGUAGGAAACAACAACUUUGUAAAACUUUGGCAGCAAGGUUGAAAAGUUCAUGUCUCCUUUUGAAAUGAAAGUGCAGAUGUACACUUCUAUAUCCUGUGCACAUUAGGUGAGUCUCCCCAAACUUGAUGCCUUCCAGACUCAGUGUUUUUUAAUUCCCAUUAUAACAUGCUGAGAAUUCUGUUACAGUCCCGUACAUCUGGAGGGUACCAAAUCUGGGGAUACAGCAUUUUGCUAUGGUUGGCAAUUCUAUGGGCAAGACCAUGAUGCUGCCUGACCCCUUGUUGGCUUUCAAGUAAAUAUACGGAUAGCCAUUUCACAGGAAGUCAAAACCCAGCUACAGUGCAACUGUCAAUGGAGAGCAGUCCAGCAAUUCAGCAUUUAUUCUUGAAGAGAUGUAUUAAUCCACUAAUCAAGCCAGCCCAAUUUAUCAGGCUCCUGUAUAGGAAGAGAAUCAAGUCAAAUCUAGACGUAAUAAAAAAUGGAUAACCUUUUACCCAUGUGGUAUGUAUCCUAAUUUUGUAGUUUUAGACACUUUUUUGGCUAUCAAAUUUUGUUAGAUGAAGAAAAUUGAUUUGACAGCGAAUGUCUAUUUUACUAUUGGCUUUUUUUUUUUGGUUUUGUUUUGUUUCCUCUGUACAAAGCUUUACAGAUGGGAGUCAAAGUGUAACUACUUCUACAGAUUAUGUAUUCAUGUAUUACAGGCCCCAAGACUGGCUUUCUAUAGUGUGAUGAGCUCAUACUAAACCAAUAAAAGUUGUGGCAGAAGAGAAGUUGCCUCUUGUCCUUCUCCGUGGUGAAU